UGUAGGCGAGAACGUGUACCCGUACGUUCCUUUUGUGGGGCGGGGGCGACCUGGGGCUCCAGAGUUUAGACCGAAGGGUUUCUGACUGGGUGAGAGAGAACACGUGAUGUGAAGGGGUCUGGGAACCGACACCCGUGGACCCCACUUUGGAAGUCCCCUUUCCACUUUGCCGGUCGCCCCUCCCGGAACUCCUGCAGCGAGCGACCUCCGCCAGCGUCCGGAGUCGCCGACCUAACGGCUGGUCGGAGCAAUGGUGCCACCUAGCGGACGGUGUCGGAGCAGCCCAUGGUGGCGGCGGCGGGGACCCCAGCCUCGAGGAGGCGCUAGGACCCAGGACAGCCAGGAAGGCAGACAGCAGGUGGGUUGAUCCGGAGACCAGAGGAGCCGAGGUCAGAUCCGCGGGCUCUAGGGCCGCGAGAAGUUCCGGCGGUGGGCGGGGCAUGGGCAGCGCACGCGCAGGCGUGGACGGCGGACUCAUGGAGCUCGAACCCGAGCUAGCAACCGUGGAGGUUCCUGCCGGGCGCGUGCUCAGUGCCCGGGAGCUCCUCGCCGCUCGCUCGCGGUCCCAGAAGCUACCCCAGCGCUCGCAUGGUCCCAAGGACUUCCUCCCCGACGGCUCGGCUGCCCAGGCCGAGCGGCUGCGUCUGUGCCGGGAGGAGCUCUGGCAGCUGUUGGCAGAGGAGCGCGUGGAGCGUCUGGGCAGUUUGGUGGCCGCGGAAUGGAGACCAGAAGAGGGGUUCGUGGAAUUGAAGUCUCCUGCGGGUAAAUUCUGGCAAACCAUGGGCUUCUCGGAGCAGGGCAGGCAGCGGCUUCACCCCGAGGAGGCCUUGUAUCUGCUGGAGUGUGGCUCCAUCCAGCUCUUCCAUCAAGACUUGCCGCUGUCUAUCCAGGAAGCCUACCAGCUGCUGCUGUCUGAGGACACUGUGACUUUCCUGCAGUACCAGGUCUUCAGCCACCUGAAAAGACUGGGCUAUGUGGUUCGACGAUUCCAGCCAAGCUCCGUCCUGUCCCCUUACGAGAGGCAGCUGAACUUGGACGGCAGGGCCCAGUGCUUGGAGGAUCGGAAUGGCAAGAGGAAGAGGAGCUCCAGCUCUCGGUCCAUUAAUAAGAAGCCCAAGGCCCUGGAGAACCCCCUGCAGGGGGUGGAUGGGACACCUGAGAGCCUGGCAACCUCCAUCCCACCUUCCAGCAACCAGAACAUCCGAUGCCCUGAGGAGAAACCCCAGGAGUCAAGCCCCAUAGAGGGCCCAACGGGUCCCUUUCAGCUUCUUGGGUCCCUAGAGCCCAGCAUGGCCAGGGAGGGGGUGGGGUGCAGCCAGGAGAGCGGCAAAGUAGAGAAUGGGGUCAAGGGGGUUUGUAAGCCACGCUGGAACUUUGAGCAGAUCUCCUUCCCCAACCUGGCUUCAGAUGGCCGCCACACCCUCCUGCUUGCCCCAGCCCCAGAGCUGCUCCCGGCCAAUGUGGCAGGGCGGGAGACAGAUGCUGAGUCCUGGUGCCAGAAGCUGAACCAGCGGAAGGAGAAGCUCUCCAGACGGGAACGGGAGCAACAGGCAGAGGCCCAGCACUUCUGGGAGGACAUAAAUGCAGAUGCCCAGGUGCAGCGCUGCUCCACCUGGUGGGAGUACAAGCAGCUGCUGCAGAAGCGGCACCUGCAGAAGACCCAGAGCCGCCCCCCACACCUGUGGGACCAGACUGUCACCCCCUUGUUGAGUCCCAGCCAGGCAGACUCCCCAGCCGCAGCCCUUCAGCAUAUCUCGGUGCUGCAGACGACACACCUUGCUGAUGGAGGUGCCCGGCUGCUGGAGAAGUCUGGGGGCUUGGAAAUCAGCUUUGAUGUUUACCAGGCCGAUGCUGUGGCCACGUUCCAAAAGAAGAACCCUGGCAAGCCCUAUGCCCGGAUGUGCAUUAGUGGAUUUGAUGAGCCAGUCCCAGACCUCCGCACUCUCAAGCAGUUGUCCUACCAGAGUGGGGACGUUCCUCUGAUCUUUGCCCUGGUGGAUCACGGCGACAUUUCCUUCUACAGCUUCAGGGACUUCACACUGCCCAGGGAUUUGGAACACUGACUGUGCAGCUCUGGCAGGACCUGGGGCCUGUUGGAAGGGGUGGGGGGGCUGGGGACCUGGACUGUCUACUUUCAGGGCCCAUCUCAGCUGCCUCCUACACCCUGCAGCUGCAGGGGCUAGUCUGGGCCUUGGUCCUGGGUGUCUGAUGCUUGCAGAAGAGCAAAGUUGAGCCCCCGCCCCCCCCCCCCCACACACACACACUUGGCUGUUGCAGCGCUUCAGAGCCCCCGGCCUAAGACUGACGCCUUGCAGUGAUCCCCUUGGAAUUCAGCACUAGAUUUUAGAGACCCAGCGCGGUGGGCCAGAAGAGAGGACUCUGUGCCUUUAAAGGAGAAGGUGCCUGCUUCAUGCGAUAAAGCCAAAGCCAUUAAAAAAUAGAUCCCUUUUCUGCCG